AUGAGGGACGUCUCUGAGGCCACUGAGCGUAUGCUAAGACCACUUAGCGUGGGCGUUGGACACCGACCGGAAGCCACUAUCAGCCGAUUAGUCAUGCAGCCUAAGAGUAGGUUGCACCCUGAGGACAUGUCAGGUGUCAUUUACCGCGUCAACUUGCUAGACUGUCAGGCCAACUACUGCGGCAUGACAAACAAACGACUUAAAAAGCGCAUGCAUGAGCACACUUUAGCCGCCAAGCGGAAAGAUGCACGCUCACACGUCGCCAUGCGCAGUCUGGAAAAUAAUCACAUGUUCGACUUUGACUGUGCCCAAGUGCUCGGCCGAGCGAAAAACAGACUGGCGCGAGACAUAAUCGAGGCCUGGCAAACAGACGCCAACUCCAUCAACCACAGCGUCGACCUACCGGCACCAUACGAGGCCGCCACUUACGCACCAGGGGAGGACCAAUGA